AUGCCUCUGCCCGUACGCUCCUCGAUAUGCCUUCUGUGCCAAACCAAGGCGACCUUGAUCGCUCCAUCAAUUCUCCCGACUUCAUGGCAGACCGCUCGAGGCAUGGCUACUGUUCGAUUGCGCCGUAAGGCCGCUCGGAUGGCACUGUCACCUACUGUAUCCAACCCAUCUCUCCCAUCUUCGAACAAGCCACGAAGGGAACGGGCGGGUCCCUUUGCCUCAAUGAAUCAGACUCGGGCACGGAUUCGAGACGUACCGCGUUCACGAUCACAGGCGGCCCUCAAGCGUUCAGGGGAAGAGGGCAAGACAGAGAAGAAGGAGAGCCCGUUGUACAAAGCACUGAAGAUGCAGACAACAUUGACACCUGUGCCCUAUGGUCGACGCUCCGCUAUCAAAGCUAGACUUGCCGAUAUCACCAGCUUUGACCAUUUCCCUCUCCUUCCUGCAGUUCGGCAAUCGAUCUUCGUCCAGGCUCUACCCGGCCUUAGUGAUGUCACCCCCACGCCUAUUCAGAGACUUGCGAUCCCCGAAUUGUUGCUCGAAGAACCUAAGAAGAAGAAAUUGAGGAAGGCGGGUGAGGAUGAAGAAGUUUACAAUUUUGACCAGUAUCUCCUGGCUGCAGAGACCGGUUCGGGCAAGACCCUCGCCUACUUGCUUCCAAUCGUCGAUGCUGUCAAGCGUGCUGAAGCUCGCGAGAAGGAAGAAGAUAAAGUUAUCGAGGAGCAGAAGGCAAAAGAUCGAGAAGAGAGGAUGAAGACUAAGGCGUUUAGUCUGGAGCCUGAGGAGCCUCCAAUGACAAAUGCCGCUCGCCCCCGGGCCAUUAUUCUCGUUCCCACCUCCGAAUUGGUCUCACAAGUUGGUUCCAAGCUCAAAGAGUUGGCUCACACCGUCAAGUACCGCUCAGGCGAGAUCUCAUCAACCUUCACCCCCCGCCGGAUCAAAAACACACUUUUCCACCCCGCCGGCAUCGAUAUCCUCGUUUCAACCCCUCAUCUUUUGGGAUCUGUUGCGAAGUCAAACCCCAAUAUCCUUAGCCGAGUCACCCACCUUGUCCUGGAUGAGGCCGAUUCUCUUAUGGAUCGAUCCUUCAUCCCGACAACAACCGAAAUCAUCGCCAAGGUCUCUCCGUCACUCAAGAAACUGGUUCUUUGCUCGGCCACAAUUCCCCGCAGUCUUGACAACCAGCUACGCAAGCGCUUCCCCGAUCUUCAACGACUGACGACUCCGAACCUCCACGCCAUUCCCCGUCGCGUUCAGUUGGGUGUCGUAGACAUUGAAAAGGAGCCAUACCGUGGAAACCGAAACCUUGCCUGCGCGGACGUCAUCUGGUCGAUCGGAAAGGCAGGAGAUAGACACGAGCACACUGAAACAUGGGGACCCCUCAACGCAUACAUGGAGCCGAAGACCAAGAAGAUCAUCGUGUUCGUCAAUGAGCGCGAGGAAGCCAAUGAGGUCACCAGUUUCCUGCGAUCAAAGGGCAUUGACGCCGUCUCGCUGUCCCGUGACACCGAUUCCCGGAAACAGGAAGAGACUCUCUCGCAGUUCACAGAGGUCAAACUCCCUCCGACUGCAGAGGAAAUUAUGAUUAAUAAAAAGAAGAACCGCGCUGCUGGAAGUAUUCCAUUUGAACUUCCUGAGCGCGAAGAGAACAUCCGCCGCCUUGCCGAUACCAAGGUCCUUGUCACUACCGAUAUCGCCUCCCGUGGUAUUGAUACCCUGGCAGUGAAGACCGUCAUCCUCUACCACGUGCCGCACACUACCAUCGAUUUCAUCCACAGACUGGGCCGUCUCGGCCGUAUGGGCAAGCGUGGUCGUGGUGUUGUGUUGGUGGGCAAGAAGGACCGCAAGGAUGUUGUCCGCGAGGUUCGUGAGGGCAUGUUCCGUGGCCAGGCUCUGAUCUAG